GCACCGUUGGCUUCAAUGGCAAAACUACUUACGUGCGCGCUCCCGCUGUGUAGCGACAAGAUGGCGGUCGCCGCCGGAUUAGGCGUUAAAGUCCCUCGCAAUUUCCGGCUCUUGGAAGAGCUGGAGGAAGGCCAGAAAGGUGUGGGAGAUGGAACAGUGAGCUGGGGUCUGGAGGAUGAUGAGGACAUGACCUUAACACGGUGGAGAGGGGUGAUCCUUGGCCCCCCAAGGACAAGCUAUGAAAACAGGAUGUACAAUCUGAAGGUUGAAUGUGGGCCAGAAUACCCAGAGUCACCACCGUUUGUCAGAUUUGUGACAAAGAUAAACUUGAAUGGCGUGCACACCUCCAGCGGUGUGGUUGACAUGCAUGCGGUGACUGCACUGGCCAAGUGGCAGAACUCCUACAGUAUCCGGAUGGUGCUGCUGGAGCUGCGACGGCUCAUGACCUGCAAGGAAAACAUGAAGCUUCCUCAGCCACCUGAGGGCCAGAUCUACAGCAACUGAGCCCCUGCUACUUUUGCCUCCAUCUUUUUCUCCCUUCACCCCCUCAACCCUCCCGACCCCCCCCCCCCCCCCCCCCCCCCCCCCCC